AUGGCAUUAAAGGAGAGUGCGUACAUCUUCUACACAUUCACCAAUUGCAUUAGUGACCUGGAAUUCCUGCAAAUAACCUGUAAUGAGUUUGGACUGUAUUUAUAUGUUGAAGAAAAUAGAAAAACCGCAAAUUACAUGAUAAGUGGAAAGACAUUCGUAAUUGAUAUUUUCUAUGAACGGGAAGAAGAAACCUGCACAGAAGAGGGAGAAGAUGCCCAGAGUAUUGGAAGUAGCGUCAUGCAGAUAGGAAAGGAGCAGGUUGAGGCGGCUUUUCAGAGAAUAAAGAAAGUAGGAAUAUCCCUAUUAGAGGAGGAAUGGUCAUCAUACUUUAAACUAUGUACAUUUUCAUUUAUGUUCCAUUUAAAGAACAAAGACUAUUAUAAUGCGUACCGCCUAAUAAGUAGUAUAAUAAAAUAUGAUAGUGAAGAGGAAAAUGCCGGGUUUUCAGAAAUUAUAAGAAAAUUAAAGUUAAUUGAGAGUACGCAGUGCGGGCCAUUAGACUAUUCAUUUCUGCACCAUGUACCGCUUGUUCAUCAUAAAAUAGAUAGUGAAAGCAAGCUAAAUAAUUCCUUAGGAAUAUUUUCUUGCAUAAAUGAAUCUGGUAGGGAGAAUCUCUAUAAUAUCACAGACAUAAAGAAUAUACCAUUGAUAGAUGUACUGGUUGAUGUAAUUAUUGAGAUGUUUAUAUAUGGGAUUGAAAUAUCAAUAGAGAAGAGAGUUAUUAUAUCCGCAUGUAUAAAUAAAGAGAAGUGCUGCAUUGAGGUAGAUGGACGAGGCCAGGUUAUAGUGAAUGGCGUGGUUGAUAGGUACAGAACCCUUCUUUUCAAAAGAACAAGUUCGUUAUACCACGUAAUAUGUGAGACUGGAGUAGAAGUCGCGCACACUGUGUAAAUAAUAAAUGUCUGGUGUAGACACGAUUAGAGAAGAGGAUAGAUAAGUAUAUAGAUGCAAUUUGAGGUUGGAU